AUGGCCGUGUGCAUGGGUAGCCACCCCAGCUACGAGCGGUUUGCGCUCGCGGCCUCCAGCCUGCUGCUCGACGCAGGCGCGGUCCCCUUCGAGAGGGAUGACUGGGGCCGCACCGCGCUGCACUGGGCUGCUUUCCUGGGCCUGACGGACGUGGCGCAGCUGCUCUUGCUCCGCGGCCAGCAGUGGGCGGAGCGCGAGGCCGCUCAGGACAGCGACGCGCCUGCCAUCCCGCCGCUGCAGGAGUUCCAGGCGCGAUGUGGGUGUGACAAGGCAGGCAACACAGCGCUGCACCUGGCUGCGCGGCACCGGCGUGAGGGGGUGCUGCACCUGUUCCUGCGCGCCGACCCGCCCCUGCGCGUGCGCAACCGGGCGGGGCAGCUUGCGGCCCACGCGGCCGCGCUGGGCGGCUGCCAGGCCUGCCUGACGCUGGUCCUGGCGCCGCCCGAGUGCUGGCAGCACCACACGGCGCCCUGGCCGCGUGCGCGCGCCUCGCCGGAGCCCCCGCCCGAGAACGUGGGCCGCCUGACGGCGCUGACGCACCCCACGCUGGGCGCGCUGCGCGGCGCCGAGGCGGGGCCCGUGCUCUGGGACGAGGCCGGCAAGCGCGUGGCGCUGGGCGACCUCCUGCGCGUCCACGACUGGUCCUACGUGCGGGGCAUCCAGCGCGCCUGCGAAGACCUGCCCGACCCGGGGGUCGUGGGGGGCCCCACGGAGGGCCGCGGCGUAGCACGUGUGGCCCUCCUCGACUUUGACGUGCACCACGGCAACGGCACGGAGGCGUGUGUGGUGCGGGCGGCGCCCUCGCUGCAGAGGGUCCCGUUCUCCACGCCUUACUCAGAGGGUACAUUCCCGGUCUACAAGCCGUGGCUGGACGCGGAUGACAAGGACAACAUCUUCUUCGCGAGCGUCCAAGGGUUUGGGCCCAAGGCGGAAGGCAUGAACGCAUACGUCUACCCAGGGUCGGGCGCCACGGGGGACAACCGGAUCGCAGACGACGCAGCCCGGAGUGCAGCAGGCAUUGCCGAGGAUCCGGAUGCCGAGUUUCUGCCCACAGGCGAGGACAGUGUGGGAGCUGCGCCGCCCUCUGCACCCCGCGUCAUCGACGUGGGGAUUGGCGGGCCCGGCACCAAGGUCGCGCUCUGGCGGCGUUCCUGGCGCGACAAGAUCAUCCCCGCGCUCGUCAAUUUCCGCCCCGACUUCAUCUUCAUCUCGGCAGGCUUCGACGCUCACCGCAAGGACGAGAUCAACUUCCGGUACAUUGGCGUGACGGAACGCGACUUUGAGUGGCUGACGGACCAGCUGGUGCAGGUGGCCAACCUCUGCUGCCACGGGCGCAUCGUCUCCGUGCUGGAGGGCGGCUACCGCAUACAGGGCGGCAAGGUGUCUGCCUUCUCCCGAUCGGUGGCGGCCCACGUUCGUGCCCUGGCCGACGACCACCGCAUGGAAUGGGAUCCAAAGGCAGCCGAGGUGGGCCGAGCGGGAGGGGGCGUCGAGAUGGGCUGA